AUGACAACUUCGGUCACAGACGCAUUGAGUGAGUUGCAAGAUGUACUAAAUAAGUGUAAAUGGAAGAUGAAUAACGAGCCGAAUGAACCAUUACCACCGCCCUACAGUCAAGUGCAACUACCUUCACUGGUAGUGGUACCGGCACCUGCGGCAGGCCUGGGGCCUGGUCAGCAUUUCGAAGUGCUGCCCCAGAUUCCAGCACUGCAACAGAUUCCGGGUAAGUUAUAUCAAUCAAAACCAUGUUGUUAUCAAUAUAACAAAGUAUUAUUUUUAGCUGGUGCUGGUGGUCGUCCUCGCACACGGGUAAGGUCGACAGUCAUAAACGUGUAGCUCUUUCCUCUCCAGUAGUUCGUUGCCUAGGUAAAGAGUUUUCAAAUGCCAAUCCUUUUUAUUUAAACUUUUAUAACAACAUGUUUCUUUUGUUAUAGGAGGAGAUAGCUGCGCUCAAUGUGCAGAUGGGCAACAUCGCCACAACGCUGGGGGACCAGCAAACGACCCUGGGUGACCAGCAAACGACGCUGGCGGACCUGCAAACAACCCUGGCCAACGUGGAAGCCACGCUGGCGAACCAACAACGCUGGACCAGGUGCUGGCAACACUAAACCAGCUUGUGCAGCAGCAACGAAGCUAAAGACUGAACUAGGCCCCUAGCGCCCUUUUUUUUAUUUUUUUUUUAUUUUCGGAAGGUUAGCUUCUUUUUAUUUUUAAUUUACGCUAGGGGUCAAUUUUUUUUAAUUUUGUACAUAUUUUUUUUUUUCCCAUUAAAUUUUUGGGACAAAUUUUUUAACAUUGAAAUUGUUGCUGUACUAGAAUUAAAACAUCUUUAUUAAAAACAUCUUUAUUAAAAACCUGGUCGUCGAUAAAUUCUUCUUUUUCACAUAUAUCAGAUGUAUAUAUCGUUGCUUGUAAUUGACGAUCGACACAGUAGCAGAACGCAAUUUGAACCUCCAAAGAAAACUUACAUAGUCUACCAAUCAUGCUUGAAUCACUUGCAGGCCACAAACUAGAUUUGCUACUUUUUAACAUUGGUUUGCCAUUUGAACAAAUCAUUAAAUUUAAUGGAUUUUGUAU